UAUAGUCAACUUAUACACCAAUGUACCCACCCAAGAAACACUUAUCAUAGUUGAGGAAUACUUACAAGCAAAUCAAACUCUUUAAAAUGAUUAAAUUGUGUACUGAACUAAAUUUUUGCCAAUUUGAAGAUGGACUCUAUAAAUACAAUGAUGCCCUCCCUAUGGGUUCACCACUUAGCGGUCUCCUAGCAGACUUUUUCAUUGAUAAACUAGAGACAUCGUUCCUACAACCUGACAAUGAAUACAAUAAAUACAUUCUGUUCUGGAAAAGAUAUGUAGAUGACAUUCUCAUAAUCUGGGAUGAAUCUUCACCUAGGUCUCUAACAGAACUAUUACAACAUGUCAAUACUCUUCAUGAAAAGAUAGAGUUUACUAUGGAGAAUGAACACAAUGGGGAAAUAAAUUAUUUAGACCUCACCUUAAAGAGACAUAAUGGAGAAAUAAAAUUCGACAUCUACAGAAAACCAACUCAGACAGAUGUGGUCAUUCCUUUUGAUUCCUUUCACCACUAUUCCCAUAAAUGUGCUGCGUUUAAUGCUUAUAUACACCGGCUAUAUGACACCCCACUUACACACGAACAGAUAGAAAAUGAAAUUAAAAUAAUAGAAACCAUCGCCCACAAUAAUAAAUACCCCCCUAAAUUUGUGAAUAACCUUAUUAACAAAUAUACUCACAAACACAUAAACUUAGAUAUUAAUGACUCUUUAAUUCCGUUAACCAAGAAUAUAUUGACAUAUAGAUCUAUAAAUUAUCCAGGGGACCUAUCAACAAAUAUUCAAAGAAUCUUCAAGAAAUAUAAUAUCUCAAUAUCAUUUAAAACUAAUUCAACCUUACUGAACACCCUGAGUAACGUAAAAAACCAAUCAGAUAUACUACUGAAAAAUGGUGUUUAUUCGCUUGAAUGUGAUACGUGUAGUGCGACAUAUAUCGGUGAAACUGGGAGAAACCUGAAACAACGUAUAAAGGAACAUAAGCUUAAUGAAAAUUCGAAUUUCGGCAGACACUUCCUAACUCAUAAUCACGUUUUCGAUGAAAAACGAAACGUAAAACUAUUACAUCAUCAAGGUAAGGGAUAUAAAUUGACAUUACUGGAGGCAUAUGAAAUAGAUCGAUUUAUUCACACAAAAACUGAUUUGCACAGUUUGAACGACCAGGUUCAAUUACAAAAGACACCCCUAUACCGAUAUUUGAAUAACCCAUACGAUCUCAAAUCUGAACCACCAGACACAUAAUUAUAUACCUUUAACUUCCCUUCUUUUAUUCCUUAUAUACAAGAGGAUCUCUACCUAAUGGUGAGGGUAGUUUUCGCACUAUAUAAGGAUCCUUCUCACCAAACAUAUCCUUUUAAUACCCAGUCCUUGUUCAUCCUUUUUAUCUCCAUUACAUAAUCCCAAACACCUAUUUCCUAACCUAUAUAAUUAUUUAUUUGAACUAAUUAUCUUGAUCUCUGAUUUUUUGAUUGUAUUUUGAGAAUUAUAAUAUGUUGAAACUACAAUGUAUCCCUAGGCGAUUAUUGUGUUAAGAUAUUCAUUGAUGUAUUUUUGAGAGUUUUUAUAUUUGAAUUUGAAUCUUUGGUCUGCACCUGCGCGUAGGGUGUUUAUUUCUAACCCAAUCACAUGAAUUUGUAGUUUUUCACCUUUUUAACGUGUUCUCGAUUAAGACGUAGAUCUUUUAGGUUAAUCCUAAAUUUGUUUUAUAUGUGCUUCGUUUUAAUUAAAUUGAUUUUUUGAUAUCAUUUUGAAUCAUCUAGCAUGUGUAUUGGCAUACCGAACAAUUUUGUUAAUCUCUUUAUUUGUUGAAUGAGCAAUGUUUCAAGACGAGUUUCCCCACCUUUAACUUGACAAGACUCCUGAUGAUGGUCACGUACCGAAACCGGUAGAGUUAAUUAAUAAAGGAAAAUAUAUUGGAGUAGUUUGACCAUUUAUUUUGGUU